AUGGCGGCGAAGAGAGGGGCUCUCAUCGUACUGGAAGGGGUGGAUAAAGCCGGUAAGACCACCCAAUGCAAGAAGCUAGUGCAGGCGUUGCAACAGAUCGGCCACCCAGCGGAAAUGAUGAGGUUCCCUGACAGAAGCACAACUAUUGGAAAGUUAAUAAGUGCUUACCUGGAGAAGAAGAGUGAGCUGGAGGACCACACGGUGCACCUUCUUUUCUCUGCCAACCGCUGGGAGAAGGUGCCUGAAAUGAAAAGAAAGCUGGAACGAGGAACCACGUUGGUGGUGGACCGAUACGCCUUCUCAGGGGCCGCCUUCACCAGCGCCAAACCGGGUUUCAGUCUAGACUGGUGCACCAAAUCGGACGUGGGUCUUCCCAAGCCGGACGUGGUUUUGUUCCUGCGCUUGAGCCCGGCCGAAGCAGCUUCACGAGGUCAUUACGGAGAGGAGCGCUAUGAGGACGCCGCUUUCCAGAGCGCAGUGCUGGACCGCUUCACACAGCUCAUGGAGGACCCGUCUGUCAACUGGGAGGUGGUGGACGCAUCCGGAAGUAUUAAUGACGUUCAUGACAACAUCGUCCAGAAAAGCUUGGACGCCGUCGACGCGGCGCAGACGCAACCUCUGGGCGAGCUUUGGAAAUGA